CGUGCGCACACACGGAGCGAGCACGUCGUCCUCGUUGAGGGUCUCCGCAGCUGUCAGUCAGCUGCGCAACGUGACCUCUCCUCAGACUGCUCACUCUAUCCAUUAAAAACGGGCGCAGGCUGCUGAGACAGACCUUCAGAAGUCCGAUCGGGAGGGAGCUGGUCAGCUGAGCGCCACACAUCCGAAACCGCGCGGACGGACUGGACGCGUGAAGCAAGCGCUCCUCUGUUAGAAGGCUGCGCUGAUUUAGUUUUAAAUCGCCAAAUCGCCGAUCAACUCUCAAACAAGUGUUUUCGCUCGUCUCAUCUCUUCCAAUAGUCGCCUACAUUUCCUCUCCGCUGCGGAGCAAGUCCCCUGCUAGGUUUUUUUCCCCCCCCAAAGUAAAAAGAGAAAAAAAGAAAAAAAAGGAGACACGUGGUAGUUACAAACCCUUCUCAGGACACAGCGGGGACGCGGAGGAGGAGAGAGAUGCGGGCGCAGUCAGGAUGGGAGAGGACGCAUUGAGGAGGGAGUCCGCUCUAUGGGAACUAUGGAAAAUCUACUGCGGAGCAGCUCGCGCUCUUUUGGAAUAAGAUCUUAAUAAUGCGUUAUCUGCUUUUCUCCCUCUUUUUUUCCCCUAAGGACACACUUGCAUGCAGGAAGCGGAAUAUCGCAGGUGAGGAGAGAAGAACCACCCAAUUUGCAUUAGAUUUCUGUAGUGAAACGAGCGCGAAGGUCUUUGUGCGAUGUUUCUAUCAAAUAUUUCCGCAAAUUUUAUUUAAAAAAAAAUCACAUCUUGAUUAAUAUCAAUACUCAAAAUGGAUUUUUUGAAUAUCUCCAUCCUGGAGGAUGGUAUGAAUGCAGAAAAUAUCUCCUCUAAUGUUACCUCCCAGGGCAAGUACAGCCAGCUGGCCAUCUGGGGGCUGGCCGGACUUGUCAGUUUUCUGAUUUUGUUUACAAUUGUGGGUAAUGUCUUUGUUGUUAUUGCCGUUUUAACAAGCAGAGCCCUGAAACCCCCCCAGAAUCUUUUUCUUGUGUCCUUGGCCAGUGCGGACAUCCUGGUGGCCACCCUGGUCAUGCCCUUUUCUCUGGCAAAUGAACUCAUGGGUUACUGGUUUUUUGGAAAGAUUUGGUGUGACAUCUACCUGGCUCUGGACGUUUUAUUCUGCACCUCCUCAAUUGUUCACCUGUGUGCCAUCAGCUUGGACAGAUACUGGUCAGUGACACAGGCGGUAGAGUACAACCUGAAGAGAACGCCUAAAAGAGUCAAAGGGAUGAUCGUGGUGGUGUGGCUGAUUUCGGCCGUCAUCUCCUUCCCGCCGCUGAUAUCCAUGGACAGGAGCAGCAGCGAGGACAGUCCUCAGUGCAUCCUGAACGAUGAGACCUGGUACAUCCUCUACUCCAGCAUUGGCUCAUUCUUUGCUCCCUGUGUCAUCAUGAUCCUGGUCUAUAUUCGAAUCUACCAAGUUGCAAAGACCAGGACCAGAACAAUGUCAGGGAAGAAAAGGGAUGUGGACUCGCCGUUGGAGAACGGGAUGGAGCAAGUGGAACCCGGCAGAGGAGGAUCAUUGAAGUCCAGCAAGGAGGAGAGCGUCAAAGAGCAGGAACGUGGGAACGGACACUGCAAGGAGCAGGCCGUCCGGUCCCCCCUACCGAACGAUCCCAAACGUCCGCCGACAGACCACGAUGACGACUUCGAAGACAGCAGCUCGUCAGACGAGAAACCUAAGAAAAGCUCCGCUUCCUCCAAACACCAACACGACGACAGAAAGGACAGGAAGUCCAGCCGAAAAAGCAGCUCGGCCUCCAAGUACUCCAGCAGAAAGUCUCGAGCCAGCUCCAAGUCUAUGGAGCUGUUCUCCUCUCGCCGGAAACGCCGGAGCACCGUCAACAGGAAGAAAGUCUCCGCCGCUCGUGAGAAGCGCUUCACCUUCGUCCUCGCUGUCGUCAUGGGUGUUUUCGUUCUGUGUUGGUUCCCCUUCUUCUUCUCCUACAGCCUACAUGGGAUCUGCCGGGAACCGUGCCAGAUCCCAGAGACGCUGUUCAAAUUCUUUUUCUGGAUCGGAUACGUUAACAGCUCGUUGAACCCGGUCAUCUACACCAUCUUCAACCAGGACUUUCGCAGGGCCUUCCAGAAGAUCCUCUGUAAGUCAUGGAAACGCUCUUUCUGAAGGCCUUACUGCACGGACGGGGGUUUGUAAAAGACAUUUUAUCUAGCAGACACAAUUUUUAACUGCGAUAAGAUGAUAGUGUUGUCCUGGAGGGCUUCUCACAAUUUAAUGUUCAGGGAUUGUACCAGAAAUGAAGAAAUGAUUGAUCUACGGUGCAGAAAAGAGGUAGAAAGUGCAGGCUCCUGUUCAAAGAGGGGACUUUCGCCCUUCAGGCAGCUGUUGGACUCUGAAAAGGCUACGGCUCGUUUCCCCCUCCUCAUUGACUCCUUCUCCCUUCACUGAAAUACAACAAACCCACUCGUAACAGUCACUGUGAGGCUCAGUGGCUGAGCAUGCAUGAACUGCUGAGGAAGUAAAGGUUGUCAGAGACACUUGAUUUAAAUGUGACCUCAUUCAUAUACAUUAUAUGCAGGCCCUGACCAUCUCUAUUCAGCCGUUGCUUGUGACAUUAGAUGGUGGGGUCCAUCCUCGCUCUCUGGCUCUUACUCCGUUUUGUCCACCUUUCUAUGAAAUCAUAGUCUCAGCAUUAGGACCAAUGGGACGAAGGGGCUCCUUGCUUACUGUUUCAGAAGCAAAAAAAGAUGAACUAAAAUCAUAAAACAAAGACUCACCCUUGAUAUCUAUAAAGUCAUGUUUCUGCAUAGGUGUUUAAUGUGGGCUCAAACGUGUCAGAACCGGGCAUCGCACUGGGAGCUUUUUAUCAGAAUGUGUGUUUUGUGUGAACUUGUACAUGAUGCUUGAACUUGUGUUGAUACAGUAGCAUGUACAGUAUCCCAAGUGUCCCCAAGAGAAAAUAGAGGGAAUACAGAGGUACUGCUGAGGAAAAUGGCCUGCUGAAUUGUUCACUGUGUGUGUUGAAGACAAAGUGUAUAACAGUAAAAUCUCCAUGGCUAUGGUUAGUGAGUUGGACAGUGUAUCGCAUCUCAUCCUGACUGCCAAAUAGUAAUUGCCUGGUUGUGUGUGUGUGUGUGUGUGUGUGUAAGGCUGCAUUCUCAAAAGGUCGUAUUCUUCCUUGUCAUGUGUCUUUCUAUUGUCCAUUAUCAGUCUUUUCUCUUACAGCCACAAAAAGCACUUGGUCAUAAAAACACCACCCUGUUCUAAUGUCUGCAGCCCACACAUACAUUAUUAAACACACAAAGACAUAACAAUACUUAAGUAUUUCAUCUUUACAGUUCAAAGAUGUAUAGCCAUAAGGGCUAUUGCUUUUUUCAUUUGUAAAUAGAAGAAAGUGCAGUAUUAUUGUGUAAUACACAUGUAUCAAUAUGCUUAAAAUGUAUUGUUUGUGUAAUGAACAACGCUUUGAAAGAUUGUCAUGUUACACCAACCUCUGUACUUUUCUAAAAGAGCCAGUGUUUACUUCCUUCUGCUUUGAGCACAUUCAAGAGAUCAAAUAAAGAGAUUACUUCAACAGUUGUUUAA